AUGGUGACGAAGGAAGAGGCACAUACGAUAGCGAGGAGCAGAGCUCGAGCCUACCAGCAUGGUGCUGCCGGAAAAGUGGUCGACCUUCGAAGCGAUACCGUGACGAGGCCUUGCCGGGAGAUGCGGCGGAGGAUGGCAGAGGCGGAGGUCGGAGAUGACGUGUAUGGGGAAGACCCCACGACAAACCAUCUUGAGGGAGUAGUUGCGAAGCUGCUGGGCAAGGAGGACGCGGUUUUGAUGGCCUCUGGUACCAUGGCAAACUUGAGUGCAAUCCUCGCACAAGCGGGACGAGGGGAGGAGGUGAUCGCCGGCGAGGCCAGUCACGUCUACAGGUGGGAGCAGAGGAACGUGAGCGCCUUGGGCGGAUGUGCCCUGACUGCUUGGCCAAACGCGUCAGAUGGCUCGAUCCUCAUGCCUGAUCUUCCUGCUCUCUGCUCCUCUGUAGAUGCCCACGUCCCCAUCCCUCGACUCGUGUGCCUUGAAAACACGCACGGAGGAUGUCUGGGUACAGCAGUGGGACGAGAGGAGAUGAGGGAGAUGGGUCGUAAGAUCAAGGCUGCGGGUCUUGGACUCCAUGUCGACGGAGCUCGACUCCUCAACGCUGCAGUCGCGCUGGACGAGGAGCCUUCGACCCUCGUUGCCUGUGCCGAUACCGUGAGCGUGUGCCUCAGCAAGGGGCUCGGAGCUCCGGUAGGAAGCGUUCUUGCUGGAAGUCAGACGACCAUAGCGCACGCGAGGAGGUGGAGGAAGGCGUUGGGAGGAGCGAUGCGACAGUCGGGGAUGCUUGCGGCUGCAGGGCUGUACGGGCUGGAGGGGUACAAGGAGCGACUGAGGGAGGAUCAUCGGCGAGCAAAGGAGCUACGAGAGGAGCUCAGGUCAGUCAGCAAGAGACUCGGAGGCUUCGAGGAACGCGCGGCGCCUCACCCGACCAACAUGGUCUUCCUUGACUUGUCGUGCUCGGGGUUGAAGGCAGAGAGGUUGAAUGAGGAGAUGAGGAGGAGAGGGGUGCUGGUCUCUUCCUAUGAAGGCGGGUCGACGUGUGUUCGGUUGGUUCUCCAUCGAGACGUGGACGACGACGACCUUCGACUUGUUAUUCUUCACAUUCAAGACUCGAUCCAACAUCUCCUCCGCUCUUCGCACUGA